AAAAGCCAAAAAAAUUUUUAAACCUCAUUCGGCCAUUCUUUCUAAACACACACACACACAAAAAAAAAACCUUCAAAUUCUCCUUGCUUCUCUGACUAUGGGACUUCUCCAGAGGUCUGCCCUACCGCCGCCGUAGCCAGUGGCCGGCAUUGCAGGAAAACGAGCCUUUACCCUUGCCUCCGAGCGACUUUGAAGGCCAAGCAAUCGGAGCCCGAAUAGCCGAGAAGUGAUGGUUCUCAAUCCCAUCCCUUUCACGGGUUGAUCCUCGACGACAGAGAAGGACUCUCCGACAUCGGCCAUGGGAAACGAGUUUUCAAGGAAGGAAGAGGCAGAAGCUGCUCUGAAGGCACCCGAUGCUGUAAUGGGUAACCGCUUUAUUAAGCUCUGGUGUGCAAAUCGGGAUAGAAUACCUGAUGGUGGCAUAAACAGUGGCAGUGGUGUGUCAGUAACUUCACGUGGUCUAACAGCUUCUGUUAUUCCAGCUCAGAGGAAAGAUUAUUUUCAACCUAUUCCUCUGAAUUCCCCCAAGCCUCAUAGUAUGAAUGGUCUCAUGGUUCCUCCUGCACCGCGGAAAAAAUUAGAGACUUUGGAGCAGAUGAAAGAGGAACUACGCAAGAAGCAGGAACUGCUGGAACAGAAGCGGAAGGACUUCCGGCGCCAGUUGCACAAACUUGAGAAACAAUCUAGUGGUGUCAAAGGUGAUACUGAACAAGCUGCCAAGAGGCAAAAGGUGGACAUUGCGGUUGAUCCUGCAAAAGCUUCAACUCCAAGAUCCUCUGGACCAUGUGCUUCUGGUGCAACACCAUGCACAAUGGGGGUGACAGAUAUGGACAAAUCAACAGAGAAUAUUCUGUCCCACAGUCCUAAAUCAAAGCGGCAGUCUUGUCAAUCAGCACCAGUAGGCAUUCAUCCAUUCGUGUUGAAUAAAUACAAAUUGGAUAACAGACCUACUGCUUUUAGAGUUAUUUCACCAUUGCCUUCUGAUUUUGCACAUGUUGGUUGCUCUCUCCUUUUCCUUGUCUGAGGAUAUUGUUUUCUGGCUCCAUCUUUUGUGAGGAUGAAAUUUACAAUGAUUCAUCAUCUUUUAUAUAUUGAAAAGGAAAAGAUGAAAUAAGCACAUUUUGCAAACAA